ACGGUUUUCUGCCACGGUUUUUCUAGUUUACAAACCCCGCCCAGACCCCAGAGUCCCGCGGAAAAUGCCUCUGUUCGAGACAGUGCUGCAGGAAAAGCCUGCAAUUGUGCUGGAGAUUGGGACAGCCCUAGCCAAAUUGGGGUUCGCCGGCGAGCCGUUUCCGCGCAGCAUCAUCCCGUCGGUGGUGCUGGACCAUCGGGCGAAAAAUGCUGGCAAAACGACACCGAACCGACGGCUGUUCGAUUACGCCGACGGGGCCGAGCUGUACGACUCGCUGGUGGAGUUCCUGAAGACCAUUUUCUUCAAGCACGUCCUCGUGAGCCCCAAGGAACGCAAGGUGGUGGUGGUGGACUCCGUGUUGGCCCCGACGAUCAUCAAGGAAAGCCUAGCUCGGGCCCUGUUUUGUCACUUUGACGUAUCGUCGGUGUUUUUCGUGCCGACGCACCUCGUCGUCCUGACCGCGCUGGCCGUCGAAACGGCACUGGUGGUGGACAUCGGAUACAGGGAAGCGGUCGUGAUUCCGGUGUUUUGCGGGGUGCAGGCACUGUUCGCCUGGGAAGCGCAACCGCUGGCCGCGGAGGCCGUGCAUGCCGAAAUCAGGCGACAGCUCGUGGAGGCCGGUGUCGACGAGAAGCUGCUGACGGAGACGAUCUUGGAAGACAUCAAGGUGCGCACCUGUUUCGUGACCAGCGCCGACCGGGCGGCCAAAUACCGGGACGGUGCAACGAUAACACCCUGCCCCGACGUCGAUUAUCCGGUUCAGGGAGAGGAAAUCUUUAAAAUCUCCGGCCGCUUGCGGGAAACUGCGUACGAGGUGAUGUUCCCGGAGGACAACGAUCGGCUCGGCCUACCGUACAUUAUCCUGAACGCGAUCCUCAAGUGUCCGCGCGAUAUGCGCAUUCCGUUGGCGAACAAUCUGCUGCUAAUCGGUGGCUCCACUAUGGUGCAGGGUUUGGCCGCGCGGCUUAAAGCCGAACUGCUAGCGCUGCUGCAGACGGACCUGUACAAGGAUCGGCUAGCGCUGCAAACGUUCAAGUUCCACCAGGCUCCGGCCGAGCCUAACUUUACGGCCUGGUUGGGUGGAUCGAUCUACGGUGCGACCGAUCUGGUGCUCUCGAAGUCCAUCACCAGGGACGCUUACGCCCGGAACCAAACCAUUCCCGAUUUCACCAACUACGAAGAGAUCCGCGCCCUGCCGACGCGUGGCUGACGACUCAGGGGCGGUCGAAGAAAGGCCGGAGCCACACAUGAUACGCAUUAAAUUAUUUAUAAACUGCACCACGUAAAUAUGAUUAACU